UGAUAACUCCUUGGUUUUGGUCCUAUUGGCCAUCACCCUGUGGAUGCAGAAGUGCCCAAUACGUUCCUCUGUUAUUUUAUUUCUUUCAAAGUUUUGUUUUGGUCAUCAAAGUCGUCGCAAAAUUCCAACUACCCAACGCCACGAGAAUCAGAUCCAUCCAUUUCUCUCUCUCUCUCUCUCUCUCCCUCAUCAAUGGCGAUCAACCCAAACCCUUACCCCUGAAACCUCACUCUCCGAAAUGCCAUGCUUUCUCCUCCCCCCACCUAACCCCACUUUCUCCAUUCCAUCUGGGUAUUCCCCGAAUCGCAAAAAGCCAUGGUCUUUGCCAAAAUCGCAUCACUCGUCGCCCCCAAUUCACAUUCCCUCCCCCACCCCCUUUCUCUCCAGGAUCUCUCCUCGUACCACCGCCACCUCGAACCACCCCUCCAAGGCGGAACAACCUCGUCCUCACGCAACAAAUGCCUCAGACUCUCACUCUACCUCGCCACCUUCCUGUUCCUAACUUACCUCCUCUUCCUCCUCCUCUACUCCUACUGGGCCCACGCUUCCUCCGCCAAGUACUACGUUGUCCUCGACUGCGGCAGCACCGGCACCCGCGUCUACGUCUACCGCGCCUCCGUCCGCUUCAACCGCCACACCACUCUCCCAAUCGCCAUCACCUCCCUGAGAAACCCCUCCCACAAGAAGCCUCCCACCGGCCGCGCCUACGAUCGAAUCGAAACCGAACCCGGUAUCGAUAAAUUAGUAAACAACGUGUCUGGUUUGAACAAUGCACUGAAACCUUUGCUCAGGUGGGCCAAGAAGCAGAUACCAGUGAGUGCUCACAAGUCUACAUUUUUGUUCCUUUAUGCCACUGCUGGUGUUAGGAGGCUUCCUGUUAGUGAUUCUCGGUGGCUGCUUGAUAAUGCUUGGUCUGUGCUUAAAGACUCUCCCUUUGUGUGCCAAAGGGAUUGGGUUAAGACUAUUUUGGGUCCCGAAGAGGCUUAUUUUGGGUGGAUAGCUCUUAAUUAUGAUAGUGGCAUUUUGGGGGUUAGGCCUAGGAAGGCUACUUAUGGUGCUCUUGACUUGGGUGGCUCUUCCUUGCAGGUCACGUUUGAGAGUGAUCAGCAGCUGAAUAGUGAGACUAGUUUGUAUGUUAGGAUUGGAUCUGUGAGCCAUCAUCUCACCGCGUAUUCGCUGCCGGGGUAUGGACUCAACGAGGCAUUUGGUAAGUCUGUGGUGUAUUUGUUUAGGAAGGAGUUUGGAUUGGGUGAUGUGGAUGUGGGUAGUGGUGGGAAUAUUGAGUUGAAACAUCCUUGCUUGCAGGAGGGGUAUAGGGAGGAAUACUUGUGUUCUCGUUGUUUGUCUAGUAAGAAAGGUGGGAAUGGAGGGUUUGGAGGAACUCCAUUAGUGCUUGUUGGUGCUCCCAAUUGGGGGGAGUGCAGCACGCUUGCAAAAGUUGCUGUGAAUUUGUCUGAGUGGUCUGAUCAUGGUGCUGGGCUUGAUUGUGGAGCGCAGCCUUGUGCUUUGGGUGAUAAUCUGCCUCGCCCAUAUGGACACUUUUAUGUGAUUUCUGGAUUUUAUGUGGUGUAUAGGUUUUUCAACUUGACUUCUGAGGCCACGCUUGACGAUGUGUUGGUGAGGGGUAAGGGUUUUUGUGGAAAGAGGUGGGAUGUUGCAAAGAGAAGUGUUGCUCCGCAGCCCUUUAUUGAGCAGUACUGCUUCAGGGCACCCUACAUUGCCUCUUUGCUGAGGGAGGGUUUGCACAUUAAUGAUAACCAGAUAACUGUUGGCUCUGGAAAUAUCACUUGGACACUUGGGGUUGCCUUGUUGGAAGCUGGAAAGGCGUUUUCCACUAGAUUUGGGCUUCGUGACUUGGAGCUUUUUCAGAUGAAGAUAAAUCCUCUUGUUCUUGUGCCCCUUUUGUUGCUUUCUUUUAUUCUUCUUCUUUGUGCUUUAUCAUGUAUUGGCAAUUGGAUGCCAAGGUUUUUCCGGAGGCAAUAUCUUCCCAUUUCCAGGCAUAACAGUGUUUCUGGUGCUUCUGUUCUCAACAUACCAUCUCCUUUUCGGUUCCAGCGAUGGAGUCCAAUGAACUCUGGGGAUGGAAGACUUAAGAUGCCUCUGAGCCCAAAAAUUGCAAGUUCACAACAAAGCCCGUUUGGUCUAGGGCAUGGUCUUGACAACAACAGUGGUGGCGUCGAGCUUAUGAAGUCUUCAUUGUACCCAUCAGCUAGUAAUGUCUCACAUAGUUAUUCCUCAAACAGUUUAGGGCAGAUGCAGUUUGACAGUGGCAACAUGGGUGCCUUCUGGUCCCCACACAGAAGUCAGAUGCGUCUGCAGAGUAGGAGAUCACAGUCUCGAGAAGACCUGAAUUCCUCAUUGGCUGAAGUUCAUCUGGUGAAGCCGUGAAGGUUUAAGGCAAUGUCUUCUGAAAACAUUGCAUUUCAGAGAUUUUUGUCAUGGAGAUGACUGUAGCUAAAGGUGAAGCCAGAUCAAUUGAUUAAUGAAUUUGCAUCUCCUGGAGAUCACUUCUAAACUGGAUUGCUCCACGAGUUGCAUAGCACAAACAAACACAAUCUAGGCAUCGGCUCAUCUCGCCCGUAGUGGCUUCUUGAUGUCAGCAUGUUCUGCCUCAGCGAUUUAGUUUUUCUGGUGCCACUAACCCUUCAGAAGCUAAGUCAAGCAUCUAAGACUAACAAGCAGAAGAAAGGAUGUAUUUCAUAACAUUGAGACUGUUCCUAUACCAUUCUUUAGACUCAUUAACUGCCAUUAUUAUAGAGAAUGUCUUAUUGUUUCAUAGGUGACUCAUGAUGAGUUGGAAAAUCAAUUAGAAAAGAUGAACAUCACGGAGAAGUUGUUACAUAGCACAAUCCCUCACAUCUUAUAAGUUAAAAAAGCUACUGAAUUGACUUCA